GUCAGUACGUAGUGAGUAGUCGUUGGGUUCCGAUCGUCGCUUUCUUAUACAUCUCGCAAGCACGGAGGAGAGUGUGUCUAUCGCGAUAUUCCGCGCGCGUCGAUCCUCGUUUCUAUAUCGUACGCAAGCGCGCGUUUGGGUGUGUGUGUGUGUGUGCCAGUGCGUGUGUGUGUGUAUUGGUGAGCGAGACCAGGUAUAGGAUAUGUGCGUCCGCCGCCGCUGAGAGGACAGGUCACGUCGUCAUGGUAGCCCGGCCGCGUUGCUGCACCUGACUCUCGAUCUGUACUCUUUUUAACCUGUGUGCAUUAGCUAUCGUAUAACGAAAAACGAAGAGGGCACAACACGACCGUCACCGAUGCAGCAGUUCGACGAAUUUUUCCGUCGGGGGACAGUAGUGCUCGAAGCUGCGGAGGAAUUAUGCCCGCGAGGACAGUAACCACGGGCUCUCGCAUUACUCGUCGCCGUCGUUGUUCACGUUGCAGACCAUGGAAGAAGAUCGAAUAAACAUCAAGGCUUCUCGGAGAAAACUGUCGGUGCGGACGAUACUGUGCGUCUGUCUCCUAUUGACACCGAGCAUCGUCAGCUCGUCGUCGCAGGAUGACGUCCACUCGAGAAAAGUCGUGGUGACCGAGGAUCCGGGAGCAGCCUCGUCCUCCGAGCGCACCAGCAACGCCAUCCCCGAAGCCGAGCAGAGCACUUCCGAGGUCCUCAAGAAGUACGGCUCGAAGAAGUCCGGCGACUCGGCGACGGACCAGCUGGAAAAGCCCUAUCCUUACUACAAGUCGCAGGCCUCGAAGAAGCCCAUCACCGGCGACGAUGACAUCCGGCAGGCCAAGCGGUCCGGUACUCCGGAUGUGGGUAUCAACGGUACCCUCGUCGUGUCCAUCUCCGAGUCGUCGACCAGCAAAGCCGAGGAGGAGACGACGACGAUAACGACCGAAGAGACGACUGAGACAGAGCUCACUACAACGGAACAGGUGACCACCGAGGCUGUAACGGAGAUAGAGACGGAGACGACCGAGGAGAGCGUCACGACGACGUGCCAGCCGACCGAGACCACUCCGUUCGAGGAUGAUACUCAGGAUGUCAACUGGUCAACCCUGGAGUCGACCACCACGCCGGUCGCUGAGACCACGCAGCGAGUUCCUUCUGUAAAUACUCAGCCUAGCACUAAUCCCACCUCCGCUACAGAAAGAAGCACCGUGAACAGCAGUGCGCCUAUCUCUAGCACAGUAGAAACUACUACGAUGGUGUCGACCACGUCGCAGACUCAAGCGUCGACGACUCCGGCGACGAUUACGACGACGUUGACGGAGUCGACAGUAGCGGCCACUUCGACUUCGACGGCACCAACGACCAUUUUGACGAGUACUCAAGCUGAGGAAGUCAGUUCCGAGAGUACCGACGCCUUGAUAACCAGUACGGAGUCGACCGCAACGAUUGCGAACAACGAGGAAUCGUCCACGACGCUCACCACCGAAGGCCGUCUGCCAAUAACGGCGACAGUGGCAACAACUACUACGCAAACAACGCCAGAAACAGUGGCCACGGUUGCAACUACUACUACUACGACAACCACCACCACCACUACCACAAGCACUACCACUACGACUGAAUCACCAGAAGUUAUUCCGGAAUCCACGGUAACGACGCCGAUGGCGACAACUUCGCCGCCCGCAACGACGCCAAUGACGACCGCGAGAAAGGUGGCGAGCAGCCCAAAGUCUGAGAAACCGCUAGGGGCGACUACGACUACCACAACAACUACUACUACCACCACCGUGCCUCCGGAGACGUUCAGUUCCGCCAGCACUGUACAGGAAGACGCUCAGGAGAGGUCUACGACUGAAGCGAUUCCUCCGACGCUGCCGACGGAAGACGUCACUCUGCUCAUUAGGAUCGUCUUCGAGGGCACCUGGCGCGACGUGUGCGAGAAGCUACCGGUACUGCGCAAGUCCCUGGCUAAUUUGAUCAACAGCAGCGAUUUGGAAAAGACUGUAACGCCAAUGCAAAUAAUUUUCCAUCAACCCCAGUGCUUCGAUAAUUUGACACCGGCAUCCUUGAUGUCGGAAAUACCUCUCACCUCUGUGCUCGUUUACGUGGUCGACGAGAACGGCAGUUUUGACGUUACCCUGACAAAAAAUUUGCCAAGCCUGUACGAGAACUCGCCUAUUGAUUUUCCCUUGACAGUUCACAGCUUUGUGCUAGUUCAGGAAGCGGACUCCGGGAACGCGAUUGCCGUAGUGAUUGUGUCGUGCGUCGCGUUCAUUUGUCUCAUUCUACUAGCCGGACUGCUUUUUAUCAUGAGGAAGCGGCAAGGUCGCUUUAAUUACGGAGAACGCUGCCGGCCUGUGUCAUUGGACGCUUACAGCCUGGACAGCGUGUCGGCCUACAACAGCGUGAGACGCAGCAAGAAUGCGUUGAGGUGCUCGAAGCGCAGUUACGGCAAUCCAACUUUCGAGGAUUCCAGCACCAUUCCGACGCACCCGUUGAACUUCGCGGGGCUCUCUAGCUUUUGCAGCGACGAAAACGCAAUUUCCGAGGAGUUUGCCAGCAUCCCGCAGGUGUCGUCAAAAAUUGACGAGUUGCCUCCGGGAGCCGAGCUGAAAAAUCGAUAUGCCAACGUGAUACCGCUACCGGAAACUCGGGUACCUUUACAGAGGCUGAAUAAUGACCCGCUUACUGAGUACAUAAACGCUAGUUACAUUCGGGGACCAAAAAAUGCAAACAAGUAUUACAUUGGCUGCCAAGCACCGAUGGAGAGCACAGUUUCCGACUUUUGGCGAAUGAUAUGGGAACAACAGUGCAAAGUUAUUAUAAUGCUAACAGACCUCGUUGAGAACGGGGUGGAAAAGUGCACAGAGUAUAUACCUCCGUUGGAGGUGAGCGACUGUCAUCGGCUUUACGGUGAUUACCAAGUAACGCUGAAAAAGCGAGAAGCCAAAGAAAAAUAUGCCAUCUCGACGCUUCAUUUAAAGAAUCUGGAGAACAAUACAUUCCGAGAAGUAUUCCACAUAUGGUAUCUGUGGCCGCCAAGCGGAACACCGACGGACGCCACAGGUCUGAUAGCUGUUCUCCUGGAGGCAAGGGCUCUUCAGCGAGGAGCCGCGGGACCAAUCGUAGUGCACUGUAGUCCUGGCACAGGACGUACUGGUACACUAAUAGCUCUAGACUUGGGUAUAAGACAGUAUGAGAUUACCCGGACGGUCGACGUCCCUAGAGUCGUCUACACCAUUCGGAGGGACCGCGCCGGAGCUGUGCAAACACGAGAGCAGUAUGCCUUUGUAUACAAGGGACUCAAUCUUUACGCUAGCAAACUCGCUGGUGGUGUUAUCGAAUCAGCCUGAGUAUAUGAUGAUUAGAAUAAUACAUGUUUUUUAUCAACCAACUGAACGGCAAGUUUUUUACUUGCACAAUCUAUUGUGAUAUACUCUGCUCGAGUGCUAAAGUAGCUUGAGAACAUUUUUGACUUUUUUGACUCGACGUCCUUUGUAUGUUAGACAAAUGAAUAUAUAAUAUAUACGUAUCAAAUACCAAGCCCUAGGCCCAGACCAUGUACGAUGCCUCCUUCAUAACUAUAUAGCAAUUAGAUCUAUAAGCAAACAAAUGAAAGUAAAGAAGAAAUCAAUCAAGCACAUUCCAUCUAUGAUUCAGAUUCAUCUUUCACGUUGUAUUCUCAAUGUAUAUGUAUACAACGCAUUGGAAGUCACGUAUUGUUUUAAAUUUCGUGAACAAUAAGCAUGAGAAUGUGAAAAAACCGUGACUCUUGUUUUUUGACAUAGGCUGUUUGUAGAAAACGAUAUAGGCACUACAUUUGUUACUGUUGUUGUUGUUUUGUUACAAUUGUUGUACCAAUAGUGUAUCCAAACUCGCGAUACAUGGCUCUCUAAUUUUGUAAAUAAUUAUAACUAUACAUAGCAUAAUAACAAUAAUUAAUAGACUCUAAAGAAAUAUUCCGGUACUAGUGAAAUCACUAUUCUGAAGAACAUCGACCAUUGCUAAAAUUGAUUUUAUUUAUUGUUAUUUAUUAUUAUAAAAUCUAAUUUAGAGCUGUUUGUCAAAUAAACGAAUAAAUAUCUAAAUUUUGUACCAAGAAA